AUGGACAAGUUCUUUCAGGACUUCAAGGGAACGAAUUAUUUGUUUAUAUGGACGACAUCGUCAUAUACGCAAGAUCUUUUAAGAGAACACGAGAUUAAAUUUGAAAGAUUAAUGCAGAGAUUAAGAACUGCAAAUUUAAAAUUACAGCCAGAUAAAUGCGAAUUCUUAAGAAACGAAGUCAUGUAUCUAGGACACAUUAUCGGAUCCGACGGAGUUCGACCCGAUCCUGCUAAAGUAAAAGCUGUAAUGAAUUUUCCAAUUCCAAAGAACCCAAAGAAUAUUAAACAAUUUUUGGGAUUAGCUGGAUAUUACCGGAGAUUUAUUCCUAAUUUCUCUAAAAUCGCAAAACCAUUAACUGAUCUUUUAAAGAAAGAUAAAAAAUUCGAAUGGACAGAAAAACAAACUGAAGCUUUUGAUAUUCUGAGAAAUUCAUUAUGCUCAGAACCUAUUCUGCAAUAUCCAGAUUUUUCUAAACCUUUUGUAUUGACCACUGACGCAUCCGGAUAUGCCGUCGGAGGCGUACUCAGUCAAGGAAUAAUAGGGAAAGAUUACCCGUCGCUUACACGUCACGUUAGAAGAGGAAGGAAAUCAUUCUUCAGACGAAUCAAUAUUCUCACAUCGACCACAAAUUCCUCGCAGGAAACGAAUCACGGAUACUGGUCAGAUACCUACAAAAUCUCUAGCUCAAUUGAACCGCCGGAAAGGGAUCGUCCUUCCGAAUACGAAAAUAUAAGUAACUACAGCAAUCGAGAAGUUACCAUUGAAGAAGUUCCAGACUCAGAAGAUAGUCAAGACAGAGCAACCUCAACGCACUCUGAUGUAGAUUAUGCUGACAUAUUUGAUUCUAAUAUUGUGCCUUAUGGACAAGCACACCACACUCCUCCUCCUUGGACAAUGAAAAACGAAAGUACUUUUGAACGAUUGAUCGGCAUAUCCAUAAAUCCUAUUACUUUAGAAGUAGAAUAUGGAUUGAGAGAAACAAGAACUGAACCAAUCGAUCCAAAUGAAUUCUUAACGAUAUUAGAUUCUUGA